GCGUCGCCGCCCCGCGGACGGCCGGGCCUCGCCGCGGGCGUCGGGGAGUGGGGUGGAAGAUGUCUAUGGACGUGACAUUUCUGGGGACAGGUGCAGCAUACCCGUCCCCAACCCGGGGUGCCUCUGCGCUGGUUCUUCGGUGUGAAGGCGAGUGCUGGCUCUUUGACUGUGGGGAGGGAACCCAGACACAGCUUAUGAAGAGCCAACUUAAAGCGGGGAGAAUUACCAAGAUCUUUAUCACACAUCUUCAUGGAGACCAUUUCUUUGGCCUUCCUGGCCUCCUCUGCACAAUCAGCCUGCAGAGUGGGUCCACGGUCACCAAACAGCCCAUCGAAAUCUACGGCCCUGUGGGGCUUCGGGACUUUAUCUGGCGAACCAUGGAACUCUCUCACACGGAGUUGGUCUUCCCUUACGUGGUCCAUGAGCUGGUGCCUACAGUGGAUCAGUGUCCUACAGAAGAACUAAAAGAAUCUGUGCAGGUGAAUGAAACAGACAGCCCUCCCAAAGAGGGACAAGGACGAACUAUCCUGUUAGACUCAGAAGAAAACUCGUACCUCCUGGUUGAUGAUGAACAGUUUGUUGUGAAAGCGUUUCGCCUCUUUCAUCGAAUACCCUCCUUUGGAUUUUCAGUCUUGGAGAAGAAACGCCCAGGUAAACUCAACGCACAGAAACUUAAAGACCUGGGUGUUCCACCAGGUCCUGCCUAUGGGAAGCUGAAAAACGGAAUUUCUGUUGUUCUGGAAAAUGGAGUUACAAUUUCUCCCCAAGAUGUCUUAAAGAAGCCUAUUGUUGGGAGAAAAAUCUGUAUUUUGGGUGACUGUUCUGGGGUUGUGGACGACGGAGGAGUGAAGCUGUGCUUCGAGGCAGACCUGCUGGUCCACGAAGCGACCCUGGAUGACACCCAGAUGGACAAAGCCAAGGAGCACGGCCACAGCACGCCGCAGAUGGCAGCGGCAUUUGCAAAGCUGUGCCAGGCGAAGAGGCUGGUUCUGACUCACUUCAGUCAGAGGUACAAACCAGCUGCCUUGGCCAGAGAAGGAGAAGCAGAUGCGAUUGUAGAACUUAAAAAGCAAGCUGAAUCAGUGUUAGACCUCCAAGAAGUGACUCUUGCAGAAGAUUUCAUGGUGAUCAGCAUUCCGAUCAAGAAGUGAAACCAGUAUUCCCGAAUGCAUUCUGAUGUGUCUGUAAAUAUGUUAUUGAACCAACAGUCACAUUUGGUUUCUUUUUGUUGCUGUGGUGGUGGUGGUCAUCAUUGUUUUGAUCUCCAAUUAUUUGAGUUCUCAUAAUCCUGAAAAGGAUGGAGCUGCAUUGCUGAACUAAUUCAGCACUGAGAGGGAGCAAGCUAUUUGAUAAUAAAUCACUUUAAAAAGAAUGAAGCCAGCAUCCUUCUUAAAGUCCACGAUUGACAAAAUGAUAGGCUCUUCAGGUAUGCAUGCUCUGAGGCUGCUGCCUCAGAGAUUAGCCAGUGCACCGUGGGCUUAGCUUGCAUCCAGCUUUAUUGCUGUUGUUGGCAAAGUACGCAGGACUUGGCCCUCCUGGCUGAAAAGGGUAUUUUGGCAGUUUGUGUUGAAUCUGUUCAUGUUAUUAACAAAAGAGAAUAGUAAUGAGAUAUUUGAUAUGCAGAAUUGAAGCUGGCAUGUUAAAUCUUGAAUUCUUUGCUAGAAGACUGAAUGCAGGGUCAGGGUAGGUGUUUAGCCUUCAAUCAGUAUUUUAUUAAACUUUUCCAGUUUGCUCUAAACCCAGGGUUCUCAGAGGUGAUACUGCUCCCUUGGAUGGAAUUCUGAAGUUGUGGGAUGUUUCUUGUCAAAACUAAGAGGGGCUACUAUCAGCAGUCAGUCAGUACAAGCCAGGACGUUAGAUCGUAGAGAAUUUUGGUCAAUCCUAAACCAUGAAGAAUUAUUUCAUCCCACAAUGCAUAUUGCAGGUCUGUUGAAAUACACAUCAAGUUAAAACUUCUACUGUGAACAUACUUUAUAAAAAUUCAGUGACAUAAGAGUUUGGGUGUUUUGGGGGCAUGAACCACCAGUCUCCUUGCAUGGCCCUGCAACAAACCUUUCUCUGCUCAAAAAGAAAAACAAGAAAUAGUAACAUAAUGAGUUGAACUAUGAGGUAAGUCAAAUUCUGCAACAGAUCCUAAAAAAAAUAUAUAUAUAUUUCAAUAUAUUCAGCUAAGUGAAUAUAUUGGAAUGUCACCUCAAACAUUAUUUGUCAGAAAUGAGCUGUGGGCUGGAGCUUGUGAAUCUGGAGGUUAAAAAAUAACUAUCUGUCCGACUUGGGUUUAAUUUACGUGUUCUGAUAAAUAAUUCUUUGAGCACCA